UAGUAAAUUAGUAAAAAAAUAAUGAUUGACAAUCACUAUGACAUCCUAGGAAUUAAGAGAGAUGCAAAGUAACACUAAAUAAAGAAAGCAUAUCAUAAAUUGGCCUUAAAAUGGCAUCCUGUAUUUAAUUGUUCUAAUUUUUAGGAUAAAAAUAGAGAAUAACGUGCGUUUGCAUUAGAUCAGUUUCAUCGAAUUAACGAGGCUUAUCACACAUUAUCAAAAUUAGAGUUGAAACUACUCUAUGACCAUUAGUUAUCUCAGUAUGAAUCAAUAGAAUCAAUAAAAAAUCUGAUCAACUUGUUGAGACAUAAUGAUUCAAUGGAUUAGAACAAUGAUUUUGAUUAUUCAUACGAUAAUUUAUUGUCAGAAGAGGAACAGGAACUUCUCAGAUAAUUCAAAAGAAGAAUUAAUGAACCUGGUAUUUCAAAAAAAAUCAGAAAAUUUCAUUGA